AUGAAUGUCGAUGAGCUCUUCAAGAAGCCAUCCUCAGGUGGAAGCGCCAAGCGCAAGUUCGAGCCCCUCACAGACCCUAACGAGGUGUACAAAUCAGCAAAGCUCGAAUCCGAUGGCGAUGCCAGAUCAAAUGGCAAGACACCCAUGGUGGAGGAUGAGGUUGACGAUGGGGAAGCUGGGCCCGAGCUUCCCCCAGACUUCGAGGAGGAUGUGCCAGACGACGAGGAAGGACGUUUCUUCGGCGGCGGAAUGGAACACAAGACCGCCCAAGCAAUGGAAUAUAUUGACGAAAACGAAGGCGAAGAGGCUGCGCCCGAGAACUUCGACUCCGCGUGGGUACGCCGAUUCGCAUUGAACUUUGAACGGAAGAUCUCGAAAAAUGCCGAACUACGAGCAAAGUUCGAGAACGACCCUAAGAAAUUCAUGGUUUCCGAGGCAGACCUCGACAGCGAGAUCAAGGGUCUAUCGAUCCUCGCCGAGCAUCCAGAACUUUAUGAAGAGUUUGCAAAGAUGGGAUGUGUGGGCUCCUUGAUCUCCUUGCUGUCGCAUGAAAAUGCCGAUAUCGCAAUCGACGUCAUCCAGAUCAUAGGUGAAUUAACAGACGAAGAUGUUGAAGCGGAGCAAGAACAAUGGGAAAUUCUGGUCAACGCAAUGUUGGAAGCCGACCUCAUUGAAUUGUUGACGCAGAACCUCUCCAGACUUGAUGAAGGGUCCGAAACCGACAGAGCGGGCGUCUAUUAUGUGCUCAAUGUUUUGGAAAACCUUGCCUCCCAGACACCACACGCUGAGACCAUUGCACGAGAUGCUGCAAUCUUGCCGUGGAUCCUAUCUCGUAUCCAGCAAAGAGAAGUGACUGUGUCCCAGAAUAAACAAUACGCAGCAGAGGUGUUGGCAAUUUUGCUGCAAUCCUCCUCAAAAAACCGUGGGAAGUUCAUUGAGCUCGACGGCAUCGAUGCAAUUCUCCAGAUACUCAGUUCGUACCGCAAACGUGAUCCAGUUAAAGACACGGACGAAGAAGAGUUUGCCGAGAACGUGUUCGACUCCCUUAUCUGCCUCGUUGAGGAAGACUCCGGUAAAAGCAAAUUUGUUGAGGCGGAGGGUAUUGAACUUGCUUUGAUCAUGCUCAAAGAGGGCAAAUUCAGCAAACCUCGUGCUUUGAGGGCCUUGGAUCAUGCGUUAGGCGGAGUUACAGGGGCCCCGGCUUGCGAGAGACUGGUUGAGGCAGCCGGAUUGAAAACUGUCUUCGGCAUGUUCUUGAAAAAGGUUCGUCCCGACUUAUCCUACACAAACAAAGCGAAAUUAACAGCCCUGCAGCAAGAAGGUGAAAAUAUUGAACAUUUCCUCGGAAUUUUUGCUUCCCUUCUUCGUCUCCUUCCCGGGGGCUCUGCGUCACGCAUCCGAACAUUGGCAAAGUUCAUGGAAAAGGAUUAUGCACGAAUCGAAAAGCUAAUUAAAUUACGGCGCGACUAUGCCGCGCGCAUCUCGCCUGUGGAACAGCUCAUUGCAAAAGAGCGCAGAACUUUCGAUGAGGAGGAGCAAAGACUCAUGUCCGGAGAGUGGCUCUCCAGGCGCCUCGACGCCGGUCUGUUCUCAUUACAGACUAUUGAUGUUAUUCUGGCGUGGCUUCUUGCAGAAGAUGAUGGGGCAAAGAAAAAGAUCGUCUCACUUCUUGCCGACCGAGACGAGGAUCUGUCACUGGUCCGCGGAACAUUACAAGAGCAACUCGAAGGACUUGGCGAGGAGGAACCCGGCCAUGGGGAUUUCAGGGAUAUGCUCACCACCCUAUUGCAGUUUUUAUACCCCGCCAUCAUGGCUGAUUACGACGAGACAUAUGAGGAGGACUUCUAUGAUGACGCCGACGAGGGCAUCACAUCCGAGGAUUGCUGGACGGUGAUUUCGUCCUUUUUCGAUUCGAAAGGAUUGGUCUCUCAGCAGCUCGAUUCUUUCGAUGAGUUCAUUUCCUCGACGAUGCAAGAGCUCGUAGAAGAGCAGGGCCAGGUGGUGCUUGAUCAGACCCUCCCACCAGACGAGGACGAAGUGAGGCCGGUGGUCGUGCGUCGUUACGAGCUCAAAUUCGGUACUGUCAUGCUUUCGCGCCCAUCAGUGACAGAAGGUGAUGGUGCGACCACGAUCAUGUUGCCACAAGAAGCCCGACUCCGCAACCUCACCUAUGCCUCCCCGCUGUACCUGGGCGUCACGAAGAAAAUUAUGGAGGGUCGCGAGAAGUUGGCGAAGGAUGAGGAUGAUGAGGAAGAAGGCGACCAGAAGGGCCAGUCAUACGGAGGCCUUGAAUGGAACGAAAAGACGCUACCCCAGGAACAAAUGAAGGAGGAAACAGUUUUCAUUGGAAAAAUGCCAAUCAUGCUGAAAUCCAAAUACUGUAUCCUGAAGGAUCUCAAUGAACCCUCACUAUACGCCUGGAACGAAUGCCCCUACGAUUCUGGUGGUUACUUCGUUAUCAACGGGAGUGAGAAGGUUCUGAUCGCACAGGAGCGCAGCGCUGGCAACAUUGUUCAGGUCUUCAAGAAGGCACCCCCCAGCCCCACGCCCUACAUUGCUGAGAUUCGAAGUGCGGUCGAGAAGGGCUCGCGAAUGCUCUCUUCCCUUACCUUGAAGCUGUUCGCCAAAGGUGACAGCGCCAAGGGAGGAUUCGGCCCGACCAUUCGAUCGACGCUCCCAUACGUCAAAGCCGAUAUUCCAAUCGUCGUCGUUUUCCGUGCGCUGGGCGUCGUUUCUGACGAGGAUAUUCUCAAUCACAUUUGUUACGACAGGAACGAUACCCCGAUGCUGGAGAUGCUGAAGCCGUGUAUUGAGGAGGGCUUUGUCAUCCAAGAUCGCGAGGUCGCUUUGGACUUUAUUGCCAAGCGUGGCUCUUCACAAUCAAACCUGAACCACGAUCGUCGUGUGCGUUAUGCUCGGGAUAUUAUGCAGAAGGAAUUGCUGCCUCACAUCUCGCAGAGCGAGGGCAGCGAAACCCGCAAAGCAUUUUUCCUUGGUUACAUGGUCCACCGUCUUCUCCAGUGUGCUCUGGGUCGGCGUGAUGUGGAUGAUCGUGACCACUUCGGAAAGAAGCGCCUUGAUCUGGCUGGCCCCCUUUUGGCUAGUCUGUUCCGUGUCCUUUUCACCCGAGUCACGAAGGACCUUCAGCGCUACGUGCAGCGUUGUGUCGACAGCAGUCGCGAGAUUUACCUGAACGUUGGUCUCAAGGCCGCAACACUCACCGGUGGCUUGAAGUACGCUCUUGCCACUGGUAACUGGGGUGAGCAGAAGAAGGCAGCCAGUGCAAAGGCUGGUGUGUCCCAGGUGCUCAGUCGUUAUACUUUCGCCUCCUCGUUGUCUCACCUUCGCCGAACGAACACGCCCAUCGGUAGAGAUGGAAAGAUCGCUAAGCCACGUCAGCUUCAUAAUACCCAUUGGGGUCUGGUUUGCCCGGCCGAGACACCAGAAGGACAAGCUUGUGGUCUGGUCAAGAACUUGGCACUGAUGUGCUACAUCACCGUUGGAACACCGGCAGAGCCUAUCAUUGAUUUCAUGAUCCAGCGUAACAUGGAAGUUUUGGAGGAGUUCGAGCCUCAAGUUACACCCAACGCGACCAAGGUAUUCGUCAACGGUGUCUGGGUUGGUAUCCACCGUGAUCCCUCGCAUUUGGUCAACACCAUGCAAAAUUUGCGUCGCCGAAACAUGAUUUCCCACGAGGUCAGUCUCAUCCGAGAUAUCCGUGAGCGUGAGUUCAAGAUCUUCACCGACACCGGUCGUGUUUGCCGACCGCUCUUCGUUAUCGACAAUGACCCAAAGAGUGAGAACUCUGGUGGGUUGAUUCUGAACAAGGAACACAUCCGCAAACUCGAACAAGACAAGGACUUGCCCCUCGACAUGACCCCCGAACAACGUCGCGAACAAUACUUCGGAUGGGAUGGUUUGGUGCGAUCUGGUGCUGUUGAGUAUGUCGACGCAGAAGAAGAGGAGACAAUCAUGAUUGUGAUGACUCCCGAAGAUCUGGAAAUAUCCAGGCAGCUUCAAGCUGGUUAUGCCUUGCCCGAGGAUGAGACCAACGACCCCAACAAGCGUGUUCGGUCAAUUCUUAGCCAGCGUGCACACACCUGGACGCAUUGCGAGAUCCAUCCUAGUAUGAUCUUGGGUGUUUGCGCCAGUAUCAUUCCCUUCCCUGAUCACAAUCAGUCUCCCCGUAACACUUACCAGUCUGCUAUGGGUAAGCAGGCUAUGGGUGUGUUCUUGACAAACUUUGCACAGCGUAUGGAAACAAUGGCCAACAUUCUCUACUACCCCCAGAAGCCGUUGGCUACCACUCGGUCAAUGGAGUUCUUGCGUUUCCGAGAAUUGCCCGCUGGUCAGAACGCCAUUGUCGCCAUCGCCACCUAUUCUGGUUACAACCAGGAAGAUUCCGUCAUUAUGAACCAGAGCAGUAUCGAUCGUGGCCUUUUCCGCAGUUUAUUCUACCGUACCUACACGGAUACAGAGAAGAUGGUCGGUCUCCAGGUUGUUGAGCGCUUUGAAAAGCCCAUGCGCGCCGACACUCUUGGCAUGCGCAAGGGAACCUACGAUAAGUUGGACGAGGACGGAAUCGUUGCUCCAGGUGUGCGUGUUUCCGGUGAAGAUAUAAUUAUCGGAAAGACUGCUCCUUUGGCCGCCGAUGCAGAAGAGCUUGGCCAGCGCACGAAGGCACACACUAAGAUUGACGUGUCCACGCCACUGCGAAGUACUGAGAACGGAAUUGUCGAUCAAGUCUUGAUUUCCACCGGUAACGACGACCUCAAAUUCGUGAAGGUUCGCAUGCGUACCACCAAGGUUCCUCAAAUUGGAGACAAGUUUGCCUCUCGUCACGGUCAGAAAGGUACAAUUGGUAUCACCUACCGUCAGGAGGAUAUGCCUUUCACUCGGGAAGGUGUUGUUCCCGAUUUGAUUAUUAACCCUCACGCCAUUCCAUCCCGUAUGACAAUUGCCCAUUUGAUCGAGUGUCAAUUGAGUAAGGUGUCCGCUCUCCGUGGUUUCGAGGGUGACGCCACGCCUUUCACUGAUGUCACAGUCGACUCGGUCUCUCGUCUGUUGCGUGAGCACGGCUACCAAUCCCGUGGCUUUGAGGUCAUGUUCAACGGCCAUACUGGCCGCAAGAUGGUUGCUCAGGUCUUCCUUGGACCGACAUACUACCAGCGUCUCCGUCACAUGGUGGACGACAAGAUUCACGCUCGUGCACGUGGUCCGACUCAAAUUCUGACUCGCCAGCCCGUCGAGGGUCGUGCCCGCGAUGGUGGUCUCCGUUUCGGAGAGAUGGAGCGCGAUUGUAUGAUCGCUCACGGCGCCAGUGCUUUCCUGAAGGAACGUCUCUUCGACGUUUCUGACCCCUUCCGUGUUCACAUUUGCGAUGACUGUGGUCUUAUGACUCCAGUUGCCAAACUGAAGAAGGGCCUCUUCGAAUGCCGUCUCUGCAACAACAAGCAUCGCAUCUCGCAAGUCCACAUCCCCUACGCCGCGAAGCUGCUAUUCCAAGAGCUGGCCUCUAUGAACAUUGCCGCUCGUAUGUUCACCGACCGCUCCGGAGUAUCCGUGCGUUGA